UGAUAUAAUUUCUAAAGAAAAAUCAAUCCCAAAUGAUUAUAAUUCUAGAUUAGAUAAUUUUGUUGUUGUUGAUUCAACAAUUGUACCAAAUGUAUCUGCCAUUGACAAUGAUGACGAUAAUGAAGCGUCUGAUGAAAUGAUGAUGAUAAUGCCAAGUUCAUCAUCCUUACAUCGUAUUCAUCGUCGUCGUCAUAAUGACAAUGAUUAUAAUGAUACAAUACAAAUUAAUUAAUCAUAAUAAUGUCAGUGAUGUUUAUAUUGUUGUGGACAAUGAUUAUCCUCAUGAUAGAAUAAUAAAAAAAGACAUACUACCACUAGAACAACAAAAUGAAUUAUCAAAUCAGACAGCAAAACAUUUGAUAAUCGAUAAGCAAUUCAAUAAUAAUCAAACUACAAAUUUUGCUACAAUAAAUUUCAUUGAAAAAUAUUCAAACACAAGUGAUCUAAUGAUAAUGUUAUCGGAUGCAUCUUCUCCACAAUCCAACACAACCAAUGAUUUCUUGCAACAACAUAAUAUUUAUCGUUAUUAUUCACAACGACAAGAGAAUGAUUUAAAAACAUUAUUAUCACGAUAUCCAUCACUUCGAUUACCACCACCUCCGCCUGAAUAUGCUGAUGAUUUUGAUCCAGGCAUAACCGAAGUAUCGACAGUAUCCGGUAGCUCAGUAGACAUUCCUUGCAAUACAACGUGGAUAGAAGAUGAAGUAUCAUUAGUAUUAUGGUUUCGUGGCGAUACCGGUGUGCCAAUAUAUCGUGUUGAUGCCCGUAAUGUGCCUUUAUCGAAAGCCAUCCAUACCACAUCGGAUGAAUCGCGUAAACGCCUUUAUUUCGAUAUGAAACAACAACCACCAGUAUUACGAAUUAAACCGGUAAUGGCAUCGGAUGCUGCUGAAUAUCGUUGCCGUGUUGAUUUUCGUCAAUCACGUACACAAAAUGUUAUUGUAUUGCUUAAUGUUACAGUGCCUCCAAAAGAAUUACUAAUUAUGGAUGUUGAAGGACAAAAACUAGAAGGAGUUAUCGGACCAUAUGAUGAAGGUUCGAAUGUGAUUUUAAUUUGUGAAGCAGAAGGAGGAAAACCUUCACCAUCUGUAAAUUGGUAUCAGGCAAAUCGUCUCAUCGAUUCAACAUAUACAAUUGGUCCACAUGGUCUUGUACGAAAUGAAUUAAAUAUACGUAAUUUAAAUCGAUCUGAUUUUAUGUCAAUUUUGACUUGUCGUGCUUCGAAUAAUAACGUUACUGAACCAAUCAGUGCAACGGUCAUACUGGAUAUGAAUCUUCGUCCAAUUGAUGUGAAAAUAUUGCCUAAAUCAUAUUUGAAAUCAAAAUCAUCAUCAUCAUCAUCAUCGCACAAUGGUUCAAUAACAUCAUCAACGACAUUCAUGAUUGAUCCAAGACUUUCAUUUAUACUUCCGGCCGGUUCAAAAGCUGAAUUUCAAUGCCAAAGUACUGGAUCUAGGCCAGCCGCACAGAUAUCAUGGUGGUUAGGCAAUGAACGUCUUAGCUCAAAUGUUCGUGAUAGCGUCAAUGAAGAUGGUAAUGCAACCGUAUCCACUAUUGUAUUCGUACCAAGUGUUGAAGAUAAUGGAAAAUUAUUGACAUGCCGGGCAGACAAUUUGCCGAUGCCACAUACGGCAUUAAAAGAUGAACGAUUACUCAAUGUACAAUUUGCACCACAAUUACGAAUCAGUUUCGGUACGAAUAUUCAAAUUGAUUCAAUACGUGAAGGAAGCGACGUAUAUAUGGAAUGUCAUGUUAAAGCUAAUCCUCCUGUCAAAGAAGUUGUGUGGCUACAUGAAGAUCGUCCAAUUCAUUCAUUGAUGUCUGGUGAUCCAAACAUGUUGCCAGAUGAUCCGACAUUACCGACAUUAUCGUCAUCUUCAUCAUUAUCGAUGGCUAUAGGAUCCACUGUAAUUAUGACAAAUCAAUCAUUAGUGAUACAAAAAGUCCAUCGUUCACAUCGUGGACGUUAUCAAUGUGUUGCAUUCAAUGAACAAGGUGAAACCGUUUCCGAUCCAUUAUAUCUCAAAGUUAACUUUGCACCAAGCUGUAAACCGGGACAAAAAUUACAAUAUGGUGUUUCACGUAAUGAACAGAUACGGAUACGUUGUGAAGUCGAUGCUGAACCAUCAACUGAUCUGACAUUUCGUUGGACAUUAAAUACAUCGGGCAGUGGUGAAACAUCCGUAGAAUGGGCUUCAUUCACUGUCAAUGCAACAACAUCGAUUGCUACUUAUAGACCAGAAAGUUCACUUGAUUAUGGUACAUUGUCAUGUUUAGCACAGAACAGUAUUGGAAUACAGAAUAAGCCUUGCAUUUAUAGUGUUGUACCCGCUGGUCGGCCUGAUGCUGUUCGUGGUUGCGCUAUCACAAAUCAUUCCAUGAGUACAUUACUAGUCGAAUGUAUACCCGGUGAUGAUGGUGGCUUACGACAACAUUUCAAUCUAGAAGUUUAUAUUGGAUCAACAACUAAUCUUGGAUCAUCAUCUAAUAUUGGUAAUGGUGCUACUAUCAUCAAUGCUAAUAAUAAAGUUGUGGAUCAAACAUUAGCUGCGCAAUCAGCCAGUAUCGCAACAACGACAACAACAACAUCGAUCAAUAGUAAUUCAUUAUUACAACAUCCACAACGGUUACAUUCAAAUCAUAGCUCAUCGCAGCCAAAUUUUAUUGUCAGUUCGUUAACACCGGGUACACCCUAUACACUUGUAUUAUAUGCAACUAAUGCCAAAGGACGUUCACAUUCUGUUUCAUUGUCGGCGGUCACGUUAUCUUCACCCGAAAAACAUACAGCCCGUGGGAGUUUCGAACAAAUCGUUGUUCAUCCUAUUUUAGGCAUCUUAAUUGGAAUCGUUGCAACAAUUGUCAUAACUGUGAUUAUAUUAAUAUUACUUAUACGUAGCCGUAUUGGCGGAAAUAAUAAUGCAAAUGGAUCGCGUAGUACCGGUAUCAAUAACUGUAGUGGCAAUAAUAAUGGCCAUAAUAAUCAUAAUGAUAAUAAUCAUCGUAAACGGCGAAACAACAAACAGCAAAAACAAUCACCGCAAUCAUCGUCAUCAUCACCUUCCAUGAAAACGACCGUAGCCUUUACACGUCCAUCAUUGAAUGGAACAAAUUCAACAAUGAUGAUGGCCACCACCACAGCCAAUAAUAAUAAUAAUAAUAAUGCUGAUGAUGAUGAUAAUAAUAUUGAUGGAUCAAUUGAUCUUUCGGCGAAUGAUGCAUUAUUGGCCAUUGGUUCAACAAUAUCACCAUCAAUAAUUACAUCUAAUGGUGAUAUGAAAUUGAAACGAAUCAAACAUGAACAAACACAUCAUCAUCAUCAUCAACGUUACAUCAUGAAUCAAAAGAUUUGAGCAAUAUGUUAUUCAAAAAGAAAUCACCAUCAAAAAAACAACAACAACAAUUUCAAAAUGCAAACAACAACAAAAACAAUGAUAACAGAAAACAGCUUGGCAAUAUUUCAACAAAAGAUUCAAUUAUCCUCGAAACUGAUACGACCAUCAUGGAUAUUAAUGGCG